GGGAGCGGAGGGAUGGGUGGAGUAAGGGAUGUAUUUAAGACGCCGUCGUCCUCAUCCUCCUUAUCAGACGCUUUAGCCUCCUCUGUCUACACCUGAGCAGCCGGCCAGCACUCGUCCUCCACUCAGAAUGUCUUUGCCCAACUCAGAGAACGCCUCCACCCUGGAGAACGCCAUGCAGCUCAUGAUCCAGACCUUCCACAAGUACUCCGGAAACGAGGGCGACAAAUACACGCUGAGCAGGGCCGAGCUCAAAGAGAUGCUCACCGCCGAGCUGGGCAACUACCUGGGGAACGCCCAGGACAGGGAGGCGGUGGAUAAGGUCAUGGGGGACCUGGACUCCAACAACGACGGCGAGGUAGAUUUCACCGAGUUCGUCAUCCUGGUCGGAGCUCUCACCGUGGCCUGCAACGACUUCUUCCUGGAGUACAACGACAAGCAGGAGAAGAAGAAGUGAAGGGCAUCCUCAGCGAGCGCAGAUCUGCACACGCUCCAGGGAGGCGAGACGGAUCUCUGACGUCCUCGAACAAAUACGCGACCACGCAGCAGUCACUCCGAGCAGUAACUGUUGGGUUGUUUGUGCAUUUGUCCCAUCGAUUCCAUUUGAAAUGUGAAGCUUAGUCUUGUGAAUAUCUCUCUUUUUGUCUUUUUCUUUCCAUGCAUUUUGUUACAAACUUAAGUAAUUCCCCCCUGGAAUGAAUAAAUGUGACCUUUACUCAAA